GCCGCAAUGCAUCCCUUCGGGGGCUCUCCGAAGUGUCCUAAAUGCGGCACCUCCGUUUACGCUGCUGAACAGAUUAUGGGCCCCGGACGCAAGUUAUACCACAAGUCUUGUCUGAGGUGCACGUCGUGCGACAAGCGUCUGGACUCCUUCAGUUUGGUAGAGCAUGACGAACAGCCGUAUUGCAAGCUGUGUCAUGUAAAGCUCUUCGGCACACGGGACCUCCGCCACAGAAACCUCCCCCACCGCGAUGAGCUUGUGCGCUCGCACACCACCGGAGGCAGCAUUGGCACUACUAUCAACCGUACCGCAUCCCCUCCCGCACUCCCUUCUCGUUCCGCUACAAGUACGGCCAUCACCCAGCCGCAGCCCGUCCGCGGUCAUCAGACUGGCACCACUUUCAAUGGAGGUGCAAACAAGUCACCGCCUCCUUUGCUCAAGCCAAACCGGGCGCUGAGCCCCAAUAAGGGUUUGUCUGCCCUUCAAGCGUUGGACGACCUCAUCGAAGAUUUCGACGAGACGGAGGUCGUUACUCCGGCGCAUGGCAAUGAAGAUAGGGAGUCAAAUGGGAUCUCCCAGAGUCUGGAGAACGUGAAGCUGAACGGGAACGGUGCAGGACAGAAAUGGAACGGGGCGGGUGGAAGGACAGCGGGAUUCGUACCCCUCAUUGCCAAUGGCAAAGCUCUGUCUACAGGUACUGUCCCUGUGCCCCUUGUUCCUUCCAUGACAGGAACGCGGUACGGAGCGGCUCUCGGUGGUCCUACCGCUGCUCCGUUGGUUCCGACCAUGACCGGUCGCCAGUGGGGAGUGGGUACGCCGAAGUGCCCCAGUUGCGGCAAGUCGGUGUACUUUGCAGAACAGGUCAAAGCUGUUGGCAAGACAUGGCAUAAGGCGUGCCUCAGGUGUAUGGAAUGUGGCAAGACGUUGGAUAGCGGGCAGCUGGUGGACAAGGACAACGAUCCGUAUUGCAGACGAUGUUAUGGCAAGAACUUUGGGCCUCAAGGGAGCGGGUACGCCUUACUUGGAAAGCCCGGUGGUUGAGCAGGUGUUGCAAGUUUACCAUGUUCCCGCGGACGUUCUGCAUCUAUACCUCUAUCUUAUGAAUAGUCUAUCUCUGACAUGUAUUUGUAUGGUGGCGCCCUUGUUCAGACGACUGUCUAUCUUUCCGCGAUAGGGCCUCACUAUUAGUUCGACGGACGACGCACACAUUCUAUUGCUAUCGC